UGCCGACUGUCCGUGUCUGCUUCAGGGUGGCGGCGUGGGUCCAUUCCUUCGGAGGGGGGCAGGCGGUCGGUGUUGGAAUUCAAGAUGCAGUUCAUGCUUCUGUUCAGUCGGCAGGGGAAGCUGCGGCUUCAGAAGUGGUACGUGCCGCUGUCCGACAAGGAGAAGAAGAAGAUCACCAGGGAGCUGGUGCAGACGGUCCUGGCUCGAAAGCCCAAAAUGUGCAGCUUUCUGGAGUGGAGAGACCUCAAGGUCGUGUACAAGCGGUACGCCAGCCUGUACUUCUGCUGCGCCAUCGAGGACCAGGACAACGAGCUCAUCACGCUGGAGAUCAUCCACCGCUACGUGGAGCUGCUGGACAAAUACUUCGGCAGCGUCUGUGAGCUGGACAUUAUUUUCAACUUUGAGAAGGCUUACUUCAUCCUGGAUGAGUUCCUGCUGGGCGGAGAAGCUCAGGAGACGUCCAAGAAGACGGUGCUGAAGGCCAUCGAGCAGGCGGACCUGCUGCAGGAGAAUGUAGACUUUCAGAUGCGCCUGUUUGCAGGUGUGAUGGUCCCAAAUAUGGUCUCUGAGUCCUCUGGUCUUUUCCAGAAUUAGGAUGCCGAGCCCCGUCAUGAGUACUUUAACGUGCCUGUGUACUGAUUGGCUGCCAUCACUGCUGCCGCCGCUACCGUCUCUGCAUGCUGAGGUCCUCAGGCACCUUUUCCCUCCAAGCACUCGCCGCUGUGAUUGGUUCACAAGUAAAUGUGUGGCUAUAAUUGUCACAGCGGUAAAUUGACAAACAACAGUAAUUGCUAAACAUUAAGACUGGCUCAGGUAUGUCUUCUGGAGAUCAACGUCUGUUAUUGAGGAUUUAAUAUAUAUAAAUCCGGAAAUUGUUGUUUAGUAUGUUGAUGAUAUAUAAAAAUAUAUUUUGUGGAGACAUUGACACAUGCAGUUCGUUGGUACGGUGAUUUGUUGUAAAAUUAUUCCCAAACCAUUAAUAAAUAGAAAUAAAUUUAGGAAUAUCAGGGUGUGCCAAUCAGACACCAACUGAGAUGGUUCACAUUUUCAAUUUUAGUAAAACAAAACAUCACAAAGGUCUGACGCUAUUCUGCAGGUUAAGCGUAACUUUUAGGAUAAUUGGCAGCUGAAAAGUGGGCCUUUAAAAUAAUGCCUCGCCACCAGUUGAACAUGUCUCUUUACUAUUUAGAAAGAAAAGGCUAGUUUGCCUCAUGUGCCACCAUUUUGAAAUCAUGGUUUGCUCACUAGAUCUCCUAUGAAGCUUUCCACCCCUUCGUGGAAGAAAGAUAUAACGUUAGCUGAAAACUGUUAUGGGUUUUAAGAAGAUUGUUUUUCAAAGGUGAAGAAUACAGUUUUUUCCUCUAAAAAACAAUGAAAAUCUGUUAAAUAGCUGAUAUACUAAAUUAAGUAACAAAUUGAAAACGUCUAGAUCUUAAGUUACCUGAGGAAGGAGCUAAGCUAACAUUAGCAUCAGACGUCUGGAUCUUAAGUUACCUGAGGAUGGAGCUAAGCUAACAUUAGCAUCAGACGUCUGGAUCUUAAGUUACCCGAGGAAGGAGCUAAGCUAACAUUAGCAUCAGACAUCUGGAUCUUAAGUUACCUGAGGAAGGAGCUAAGCUAACAUUAGCAUCAGACGUCUAGAUCUUAAGAUAGCUAAGGAAGGAGCUAAGCUAACAUUAGCAUCAGACGUCUGGAUCUCAAGUUACCUGAGGAAGGAGCUAAGCUAACAUUAGCAUCAGACCUGCAGAUCUUAAGAUAGCUAAGGAAGGAGCUAAGUCAACGUUAGCAUCAGACGUCUGGAUCUCAAGUUACCUGAGGAAAGAACUGGAACGUUAGCAUCAGUCAUCUGGAAGUUACCUGAAAACAAGCUGAGCUAACGUUAGCAUCAUCUCUGUUUUACAUUUCAUAUUUCUGGUGGUUCCCUGAUUGCUCUUGUUUCAGGAUGCAAUUGUGUAAUAGUUUGGGACCGUAGGUUUGGUCCUUGAAGUGAGUUGUUUUUUAUUCUGAUCAAGCUCUUGUUUGGAUUCGUAGACCACACAGCUUCGGUAUUAUGGAAUUGUUAUUUUAAAUCGUUUAGAUGUAUAGUCCCAGAUUACUUCCCAUUUAUAUAAAUAGCAAAAAGACCUAUUUUUAAGACAUUAUAUUCGUGACAUUAGUUCUAAUGGUAAUGCUAACUAUGCAGUGAUUAACUCAUUUAAAUGCUAAUGAACAUUUACUGUACUUGAAAUCAGUAGCCUGAAAAGUUUGUUAUUUUGCAUUAAUGAAUAGUGUCAAAGCUCUUUAAAUGUUCUGUGAUACCUGUUGAUAGAUGUGCCCUCAAAAAAACAGACAAUCAGGGUCAAUUUAAGGUGUGUGUGUGUGUGUGUGUGUGUGUGUGUGUGUGUGUGUGUGUGUGUGUGUGUGUGUGUGUGUGUGUGUGUGUGUGUGUGUGUGUGUGUGUGUGUGUGUGUGUGUGUGUGUGUGUGUGUGUGUGUGUGUGUGUGUGUGUGAGAGAGAGAAAUUCUUAAUAAAUUGUUUGAUUCUUUACCAAUUAGCUCCACUGGUGUCUGUCUUUAAUACAGCUGUUCACUGCUUCAUCUCCACAACAAACCUGGUGUUUAGCUCAGAGUGAGACAAAAAUAAUCUGAAUAAAUAUUCAUGUGCAUUUUUAAUAUCUGGGCUAAACAUUAUUUGCUCUUUUCUCCUCUUACCUAAUUUUUUUAAUUAUCUGACUCCACUCUCUUUACUUUGUGCUGAAACUCGUUUUAGGACGCCAAAGUAAGUUCUUUGCUUUCUUGCUGCCACCAUAGAUUUUGUCUUGAUAACAUUAACGUGUCUGCGUUCCAUUUAGCUGACCUGGUUCCAUGGUUGUUAUUCUGCAUGCUCUCUCUCUCUCUCUCUCUCUCUCUCUCUCUCUCUCUCUCUCUCUCUCUCUCUCUCUCUCUCCCUGAAUUACGGAGGCAUGUAAGCAUCAUUGUUGUUCAACUUUACACCUGUUUUUGAUAAAGAUGCUUUUGUGACUUUAAACACAUCUUCCAUCCUGUUUUUAUUUGUUGUUUGUAGCUACAUAAAUACACAAGACUUUGAUUAACGCAGCUUAAACAAGUAAUUGAGCCAUCAAAAGUAAUUAAUCCUGAAUUUUGAAAGUGAAGUAUUGGGUCCUUAAAAAGAGUUGCGCCUUCAAUCAUAUGUUCAUUAUAUUCAUUUCUUUAUUAAAGCUGCAUUAUGUGUAGUGUAUGUGUAUGUGUAGGGCGACUCCUCUGUUCCCAUAGAAGUGAAAAGAGGAAAUGACUCUACUUCUCUCUUGAUUUAUUUCCUCAGUAAACAUUGCAAACAUGAGUUUAUGGUCUCAGUCUC